UCACGCCAAAGAGAUUCUGCACUGCUUGAAGGAGAAGUUCUUCAGAGAGCUGCAGGACCUGGAGGUCGACGGGCAAAAAGUCGAAAUGCCGCAGGCACUGAGCUGGUAUCCAGAAGAAUUAGCCUGGCACACUAACUUGAGUAGAAAAAUCUUACGCAAGUCACCGCAGCUUGAAAGGUUUCAUCAGUUUCUGGUUAGCGAGACAGAAUGUGGAAAUAUCAGUCGUCAGGAGGCUGUUAGUAUGAUCCCACCUCUGCUGCUUAAUGUUAGCCCUCAUCAUAAGAUUCUAGAUAUGUGUGCUGCACCUGGCUCUAAGACUGCACAACUCAUUGAAAUGUUGCACGCAGACAUGAAUGUUCCUUUCCCCAAGGGUUUUGUAAUUGCUAAUGACGUCGACAACAAGCGCUGCUAUUUACUGGUUCAUCAGGCUAAGAGAUUAAACAGUCCAUGCAUCAUGGUGGUAAAUCAUGAUGCUUCCAGCAUUCCGAAUCUACAAAUAGAUGUUGAUGGAAGAAAGGAGGUCCUCUUCUAUGACAGGAUUUUAUGUGACGUCCCCUGCAGUGGAGAUGGAACCAUGAGGAAAAACAUUGAUGUGUGGAAAAAGUGGACAACACAAAACAGUUUGCAGCUCCAUGGAUUGCAGUUAAGAAUUGCAACCCGUGGUGUUGAACAGCUGGCGGAGGGUGGAAGAAUGGUAUAUUCCACGUGUUCGUUGAAUCCUAUCGAAAAUGAAGCUGUGAUUGCGUCUCUACUGGAAAAGAGUCAAGGUGCCUUAGAACUUGCUGAUGUCUCUUCUGAGUUACCAGGUUUGAAGAGGAUGCCAGGAAUUACGAAAUGGAAGGUAAUGCUGAAAGAUGGGCAAUGGUUUGAAGAGUGGAAAGAUGUGCCUUCAGGCAGACAAACACAAAUACGUCCCACUAUGUUUCCCGUAAAAGAUGAAGAGAAGCUAAAGGCGAUGAAUCUAGAGCGUUGUCUUAGGAUAUUGCCACAUCACCAGAACACAGGAGGUUUCUUUGUGGCUGUGUUAAUAAAAAAAUCUCCAAUGCCAUGGAAUAAACGCCAGCCUAAGGUUCAUCAGAAGUUACCACAAAGAACAGGAGAUACUGAAGUGACAGCGACUAAUUCAGAUAGUGGCUCUGAAUGCAUUACUGAAGAACCAGCUCUUUCUGAAAAUGAAGAGUCUAAGAAAAUGCAAGAAUCGCAGAAUUCAGACACUGAGCAGAGCAAAAAGGAGGGAGUGUGUGGACCACCACCAUCUAAAAAAAUGAAGUUGUUUGGUUUUAAAGAAGACCCUUUUGUGUUUCUCCCAGAAGAUGAUCCGUUGUUCCUUUCUAUCCAGAAGUUUUAUGCAUUGGACCCAUCGUUUCCCAAGAUGAACUUACUAACUCGAACUCAAGAGGGAAAGAAGAGACAGCUAUACAUGGUUUCUAAGGAGCUGAGGAACGUGCUUCUGAACAACAGUGAGAAGAUGAAGGUUAUUAACACGGGGAUAAAAGUCUGGUCUCGCAACAGUGAUGGUGAACAGUUUGGAUGUGCUUUCAGACUAGCACAAGAGGGAAUUUAUACUCUGUACCCGUUCAUUCAUGCAAGGAUUGUAAGUGUCUGCAUAGAAGAUGUUAAAAUUCUGCUAACCCAGGAAAAUCCAUUCUUAAGUAAAUUUAGCAGUGAAACACAGAAGAAAGUCAAAGACAUGGCGAUGGGAAGUAUAGUUCUGAAGUACGACCCAGACCCUGAAAAACCUGAUGAUCUCCAGUGUCCUAUAGUGCUGUGUGGUUGGCAAGGAAAGACAUCACUCCGUGCCUUUGUGCCCAAGAAUGAGAGACUUCAUUACCUGAGGAUGAUGGGAGUUGAUGUGUUUAAAGCAAAGAGGAAAGAAGAGGACUCAGAAAGUAAAACAGAGGAAGAAGUUCAGCACACGCUGCCACAAACAGAGGAAGGAAUGGAUGUGGAAGAAAAAGAACAUGAUGUAGUCACAAAAAUGGAAGCAGAAAUAGAUGAAGAAUCUUCCCACAGUCCUGUGGAAAGCACUGCUAUGGAAGUAGAAAAUAAAAUAGAGGAUGUAGAUCAAUCUAGUAAAAAUGCCAACGGUCAUGUAAGCCAGGAAAGCAAAAUCACAGAUACGAGUAAUGUGAAAGAUUAGGUAUUCUUUCUUUAUUAUUUGGCAGCUUCUGUGAGGCUCACAUCCAGACUCUUAGCACGGAAGUGUAUGUUAAAAUUUUGUUUGGAAUGGGAUGUUCCUCUUUUAAAGUUUUGCCAGUUUUUAUUUUUUAAACUAUAAAGAGAUUUCUCUU